ACCCACACACUCUUAUCUCUCUCUCUCACUUUCUCAAGUUGGUUGGCAUGUUGUUAUUAUUAUGUGCAUGAAACCAUCAUAAAACCACUCCACAAAACCAAAAAAAAAAAAAAAAAAAAAAAAUUCACACCACCUUUUUCCUCCUCUCAUCAAACCCUUCACUUCUCAACUCCAUAUCUACACCCCACAACACCACCACCACCACCACCACCACCAUUUUUGCAACACUCUUUUCUCCCUCAUAUCACUCCCCCAAACUCAUCUUCAACCUCUCAACACAAUUCCACCUUAAAAACAAAAAAAACAAAAAACAAAAGAAAAAAAAAAAACACACACACACACACUAACAUGAAAAGGACCCAAGAAAGAACCCACCACACUCUCCUCCUCCUCUACUACCUCUACCUCUUCAUGAUCAUGAUCAUCCUCCUCCUGCUCGUCCAAUCGGGCUCCGCCACGUCAUCCGGCGCACCACGUCAGCGGGGGUCCCCGAUCCGGUCCAUGGUGGUGCUGGUGCUCGAGAACCGCUCCUUCGACCACAUGCUGGGGUGGCUGAAGCGCUCCCUCAACCCCCUCCUCGACGGCCUCACCGGCUCCGAAUGCAACCCCAACUCCUCCUCCUCCUCCCCAAACCCUAACCCUAACCCUAACCCUAACCCUAACCCUAAUCCCCCCCUCGUCUGCGUCUCCGACGACGCCCGCUUCGUCGCCGCCGACCCCGGCCACUCCUUCGAGGACGUCCUCCUCCAGGUCUUCGGCCCCUCGUCGUCGUCGUCCUCCUCCUCCCCCUCCGCGGCGAAGAGGACCCCGUCCAUGUCCGGGUUCGUGGAGCAAGCCCUCUCCAUCUCCCCCGACCUCUCCGCCACCGUGAUGAAGGGCUUCGACCCCUCCCGCCUCCCUGUCUUCGAAACCCUAGCCGCGCACUUCGCCGUGUUCGAUCGCUGGUUCUCCUCCAUCCCCGGCCCGACCCAGCCCAACCGCCUCUUCCUCUACUCCGCCACCUCCCAUGGCGCCGUCGCCCACGACAAGUGGAACCUCCUCCGCGGCUACCCCCAACCCACCAUCUUCGACUCCCUCGCCUCCUCCGACCUCGACUUCGGCGUCUACUUCCGCUCCAUCCCCACCACCCUCUUCUACCGCGACCUCCGCCGCUUGAAGCACGUCUCCAAGUUCCACCCCUACGACGACACCUUCAGAUCCCACGCCAUGAGCGGCCGAUUGCCGAGCUUGAGCGUGAUCGAGCCGCGCUACUUCGACCUCAUCGGCGCCCCCGCCGACGACGACCACCCCUCGCACGACGUCGCCAACGGUCAGCGCCUCGUGAAGGAGGUGUACGAGACGCUCAGGGCCGGCCCCCAGUGGAACCACACCCUGCUCGUCGUCACCUACGACGAGCACGGCGGCUUCUUCGAUCACGUCGCCACUCCCUUCGUCGGCGUCCCCAACCCCGACGGCUUGAUCGGCCCCGAGCCCUUCCGCUUCCCCUUCGAUCGCCUCGGCGUCCGCAUCCCCACCAUCAUGGUCUCCCCCUGGAUCAAGAAAGGAACAGUUGUGAACAGACCGAAGGGACCGUAUCCAAAUUCCGAAUUCGAGCACUCUUCGAUUCCGGCAACCAUAAAGAAGAUCUUCAACCUCACAUCCGACUUCUUGACAAAAAGAGACGCUUGGGCCGGCACAUUCGAACAUAUCUUCACCGAACUGAGCUCACCGAGAACCGAUUGCCCUGAGGUAUUACCAGAAGUCACUUCGUUACAACCGGGCGUAGCUAACGAAGACGGGUGGCUCUCAGAAUUCCAAAGCGAGCUGGUCCAGCUAGCCGCCGUUCUUAACGGCGACUACUUCCUGAACAGCUUCGGCCACGAAACAGGCAAGAAGAUGACCGUUAAGCAGGCCGACGCGUACGUUAAGCGCGCGGUAAAAAGAUUUAUACAAGCAAGCAAACAAGCUAUUCGAUUGGGCGCCAAUGCCUCCGCUAUCGUAAAUAUGAGAUCGGCUCUCACGACAGUGACCGCACCUCCGUAAAUCAUAUGUCAGUUCUUUGUUUAUUGUAAAUCUUGUAAUCUUUGCGCAGCCCGCGAGGGGGGGGUGGGUUUGCAUGCAUUUAUUUAUAUAUGAUGAAUAGAUCCUCUUCAUAGUUCUCUUCUAACUCGGACAAGAGGGAAGAAGCAACUUGAAGAACAUGUGUUUAAAAUAUAGAGAGGCUGAUAUUUUGCUUAUGUCAUGUUUUUCCUUCCAGUAUUGGCCUACAUCCUACUUGUGUUUGCUCAUUUCCUUUUCCUUUAUUUGCAAAUGACAAACUCCUUUGCUCA